AUGUACACCCCGCACAGUCUCAAAAAACCUGCCAGGUUUGAUACCAGCAAAAUCCCAAAGUUGGUCGAUUUGUUUGCCAACACCGUCCCCGCAGGUGAGUUCACCCCAGCAAAGAUCCAACAAGUUCUCCUCGUCUAUCGGAUCCGCCCUCAAGCUGCUGUGGAUCGGGCCGUGGAUUUCGUGCGCCAGAAGCUUCCAGACAGAUACCGUGAACCAAGCUUCGCAGUUACCGAUCCCAAGUACCCUCAACCGAGCCAUCUGCUUAUCCAAGGAUUCAAUGGCAAUGAGGGAAUUCGAGGAACCGCCGAGGAACCCGAAACGGACGGGAAAACCGCGCUCUGGGUGCAUGUGUCACACAAAAGGAGACAUCAGCGGAGGGCCGGAGAGCUUUCAAAGCUUCAAGGGAUUGUAAAGACUGUCCCGAAUGACAUCAGCGCCAAAGGAAUAGCUAGCGAGACGUUUUUAUUUCUUCCUGACGAAGGGCACUUAGUAUUUGGGUGUGCAGAAUCAAUCUGGUUGGAUGCUCUUGACGCAACAUGGCCAGCUGUUGGGAAAGGGGAAUCUAAUGUAGUUGUCUGGUGA